AUGGCUGAAAUACACACUCCGUACUCUUCCCUGAAGAAGCUCUUGUCUGUACUCAACGGCCUCAUGGUUGUGUCCGGCAUCGUCCUCCUUGGCCUGGGCGUCGACGUCACGCACGGAGAGGCCACGCUGACCGCAGUCCUCGGGGUGUCCUCAGCAUACCUGCAGCACGUCGGCCGCCUGUGCCUGGUGCUGGGCACCGUCGCCAUCCCGCUGGGCCUGGUCGGCUGGUACGGGGCCACCACGGAGAGCAGAGGCGCGCUCCUGUUUUGCUUUCUGUCCACGGUCAUUAUCGUCAUUGUGGAAGUCGCAGCCGCCACGGUGGUCCUGGCCUUCCUCCCCAUCGUGCAGGACGUGACCUUGGAACACACCUUGGUGACCCUGAGGAAGAAUUACAGAGGCUACAACGAACCCGACGACUAUUCUACACAGUGGAACCUGGUCAUGGAGAAGCUCAAGUGUUGCGGGGUGAACAACUACACGGAUUUCUCGGGCUCUAACUUUGCGAAGACCACCGGCCACAGCUACCCCAGGGACUGCUGUAAAUCCAUGGGCACCGCGGCCUGCGACGGGCGCAACACGUCCACGGCCGUCAUCCACCAGGGGGGCUGUUUCUCCAAGCUCCUGAAAAUCACCAAGGCUCACAGCUUCAUGCUAUGCGGGGGCUCACUGGGGGCAGCCGGGAUACAGCUGCCAGGCGUCCUGGCCACCUUGCUGCUCUUCGUGAAGCUGGGCUGA